AUGACUGCUUCUAGGAACAACAGUAUUCCCGCCUACGUAUAUUUGGAUGGAAAGAGAAAUGUGGAAAAUUUGCAAUUGAACCAAGGAAGAUCCAGAGUGUCAUCGAUAUCAUCAUUUUUUUCAUCUAGUACGAUGGAGGAUAAUGGUAAUCAUGAACUCUUUGGAUUUAGAAGGUUUGCUAGAAAUCAUUUGUUGGGUUCAGAAAAGAGCACUAGAUUUAAAACCGCCAGACAAUCGAAUCUACCUAAUGAACAGUCCAGCGAUAAUUGCUACGCUCAAAUGAACGCUGUACCUCACCAAUUGCAAUUUAAAAGUACUACAAAUAAAAAUAAGCUUGGAAUGAACAUGGAUCAAGAACCCAGCACCAAGACCCAUAGACUUAACGUAAAUGGAGAGAUGGUAGACUAUGAAUUGGAUGUAUUUGGUGUUCCCCAAAGGAUUCCAGAUUUGUUUCAGGAAGAUAAUGCAUACGCUGCAGUAGAUGGUGAGAAUAUCUACGUCACGAGCUCAAGUGAAGAUGAACUAUUGGAGAAUAACGUUCGUCCUAAGGCAAUUGUAUUGGGUAAUAUACCUAAGAGAACAGGAAUUGCAAGCAUACUGGCCCAGAUACAUGCUGGACCACUUGAAAACAUAAUAGUUCACACCGAUGAUGAACAAGCCUUGAAAAAAAUCGAAUUGGAUUUUCUCACCCAUGAAGCCGCCUAUUCCUUUAUGAAAUAUGGUAGAACCAACAUGUUUAAAAUAAAUGGUCAGCAUUUGACACCAGAAUGGGGAAAAAGCUCUGAACAUAAAACCAAGAAAGGCAAUGAAUGGGAUGAUCAACAAUCUUCAAGCGAUGAUCAGGAUUUUUGUCGGAGCCUCAUUAUGAAGAAGUAUAUCAAUUGUACCAAAAGAACCAAAUACAGUGAAGCUUACAAAGAAUCCCCAUUAGAACCAUUGAACCUUUCAGAAAUUAAACAGGAUUUUGGAACAUUUGGAGAAAUUUUGGAAAUAACACCGGUGGUUUCAAGGAAGUUGUGUAUUUCGAUUAAUUUCUUUAACAUGGAAAGUGCCAUGAAGGCUAUGAAAGAAUACGAAAAUCCAAAUUCGGAUCUGCACAAGGCUUAUUUCAACAAUUGGGCCAUAUGGUACGGAAAGGAUAUUACAGAUCGUCCUUGCAUCGCACUGUGA